AUGAGCAAAGCGCCAAGAAGUAGAACUCAAAGAAAACUUACGGAAACAACGAAGAGAAGAAAGUGUUACGAAUUCGGUGAGUCAAGGGUACUGCUAGUUACGCGGUUUGUGCAUUUGUGCGUCACAAUGUUUGCAGAAUUUUUCGCUUAUUUUCGCGUGGCUAGAGUCUAGUUUCAUAGCUUAAAAUCCUUUGAAAAUGAGAAAAAUCCCAAAAAAAAACGGGAAAAAAUAAAAGUAAAACAACGACACUCCGCUUGCCAGUUGUUUAAUUUUCAUUGAACGAGCGGAGUGUCGUUGUUUUAUUUUUCCAGUUUUUUCCCAUGAACUGAAACAUGUUUUGCAGGUUCAAGAUGGUGAAACACUCGAAGAUGUUAUUCAUCAUUUGAAUGGUCUUCCAAAACCACCCAAAAAUAUGUAUGACGCUGUAACUGGACAUGCUCGAAUUACAGCUGAUGGAUUUAUCAAAAACCUCGACAAAAACAUUCGAUUACCAAUUCCAAUUCAUGAAAAACCUCGAGUUAAAUUGGAAAAAGAUGAAGAUUAUGUGGCAGCACAAUAUUUGAAAUUAGAAAAUUCGGUAUAUGUGAUUGCACAAGCACCAAAUAAAUAA